AUGCAGCUCAGAAGAUUUGCAACUGCAGCUCGUCAGCUGGGUGGUUCUGUUGGGAUUCUUUCAUCUGCCUUCAGACUACGUGAACGCCUAGCCCAAAUCAAAUUUCUGUUUCAAGAAAAUGCUGCUGAUCUCUUUCCAGGUAAAGUGCCACGUCAGCCCCGUGAGACGCUUGUAAACAACCUUCGUGAUCAACGAAGUGCUCGACGAAAGAGCGUAAUUUUUAACAUUGGAGAACCUGUGGUGGAUGAUGACUUGGACUCUGAGCUUUUCCCUGAGCAAUUCGGGGAUUUUGCUGAUGAUGUCAUGACAUUUCUAAGAUGCCUCAACGAAUUCCCAGAAUUCGCGGAUGAGACGGUCAGCGCUUCUAUUCACUCUUUCGAACGUGACCUAAAGCACUGGGCUGAUUCUCUACAAUCAUUCAAAGCGUAUGCAGGACAGCUCAAAUAUCCCGCAAGUCAAAAAUACAUCCAUGAACUCACGGCGGAGAUGGGCCACCAUAUUGAUAACAUGAUAGGUUCUUUGUCAAUGUUCAUCGAGAUAGGCAUACCCUCCGUUCUUUUUACCCAAAAGCACGAUGCAACCACCUUAACCAACCUAUCUACUGUUGCAACCUUUUUCUCCGCGGUUACAGCUACGACGCUUCAAUUCUCCAUCGCAGCUGCUAUCAACAGUUUACUUGGUCUUACUUGGAAGCAAGCCCUAUAUCAUUCCCCUGGAUACCAAUGUCCAAGGUGGAUUCAGAUAUGGAUCAAGCGCUCUCCUCUAGUGUUCCUGAUGUUCUCUGUGGCAUGUUUUUCCGUUGGAUUGGUCCUAUUCACCUAUUCCACCAACCAACACUAUGUCACUUCUACCAUCACCGUGAUUCUCACUGCUUUUACCAGCCUGGGUCUAUUAUUUGUGGUCGCCUGGAUUGGAUUCGAGAAGUGGAUAUUCGUCCGCUUCAUGGGACAAAAAUGGCUCCGGGGUGUGAUAUCGGAUGUAGUGACGGAUACCUUUCGAUUCGGCACGGUUGUUUUCCCAAAAGCAGUGCGCUCUUUGAGUCAAAGGCGUUUGCAGGCCGUAGGACGUUGGCUCAAGUGGAUGACAUCUUCAUUUAUUAGUGUGAUAAAAUCACACACGAAAACAAAAGCCAAUAUAAGAGGGGAAGAUCCCGUGCUUCCUGUCACUCGACUUCCAUCAGAGCUAUUAGCAACUCAAGGAGCGAACGAGCGCAGUACCGUUCCCGUUACAGACACCAACCCUAGGCAGUCCGACUCAAGAGACAGUGAGUCUGCGAUACACGGCUUACCGAGGCCCAAGGAGCGCUUUCGCACUGCUGUGAAUAAGGUAAUGGUUGCCAAUGCUCUACGAAAACCAUACCCUUCGUCAGUAUACCAUCGAAGGCAUAGCACAGGAGAUGCUCCCCGGCUAAAGAAUUUGGUAGCAUUGCGUGAUCUUUCUAUUCACGAUGCCCCCGUGCAUGAUAUACAGUUUUCACCAGAUGGAAAAUUACUGGCGACCUGCAGUUUAGACCGGACGUCUGUGCUUUUUUCCGUCGAUGACAUCUACACUGGCGCCAUGUCAACUCCCUGUAUUCUUCCCCAUACAUCUGUCAGUCAAGUAGCCUGGUCACCGACAGGCCACUUAUUACUGACAAGAACUAAUCGUGGCAUUAAGAUCUGGACGGGGGAAGGACUAUGUAAGUUGACUAUUGAUCGACAAUGUGCCGUACAUUGCGUUUCUUGGUUUCCUGGAGGAGAAGCUUUCGUGUCUGCAGAAGGGGACCAAGUAGUCAAACUCGAUUUGGAUGGUAAUGUAAUGGGCAGGUUCAAAUUUCCUCGGAUGAUGGUACGCUGCAUUGCGAUCACACCAAAUUCGCAAUACUUGCUCGGCAUUGGACAUAUCUUGAUUUCACCCAACAGAGCAGCCAACAGCUCCAACCCAGUUGAAAAAUGGCUUUUGAUCUACAAUUUAGAGACUAGACAAAUCGAAGAUCGUGUACUCGUUCACAGUGAUGUUCGAGAUAUCGCAAUAGAUCGAAGCGGAUCAUGGGUUCUGGUUUCCUACGAAUACAAAGCCCCCCCACAAUUAUGGAAAAUAGAUGUAUUACCAUCUCGUCGGAAUGGUGCCGAGACCACCGUGAAGUUAUCGUUUCGUCACAAAUACAUUCCGUUCGCACCAGUCGAUUUUGCAGGACCGAGUUGUUUUGGAGGAAUCGAUGAUCAGUUUGUUCUCUGUGCGGGUAAAGCUGGAGAUAUUUAUAUAUGGGACCGAGAAAGUGCGAUGAUACUCCACAACGUCCGGGCUCCUGCAUGGGACGAUGGUGACCUAACAUGCAUAGCGUAUAACAACGCUGAGGAGAACAAAUUCACGUUCGCAACUGGAAGUCAUUUUGGCCCAGUGAGGAUAUGGACGACUCUCAGUGGUGGUUCUCGUAUUGAGCAUAGUCCAUGGCUGCCAUCGCGUUCACCUACAUCAGUAUCAAUGCCCCUUCGAGCUGAAUCUCCCGAAAUUUUGAAUGACGAUGCGGACCGCUCCAUCCUUCAAACAAUAUUUACACCAGAUUUGCUGCUGGUAGCAAGCCCUACUAGCUUUGAAGACCCUGGCGGAACCAUCCUCGAGUCUACUAGUCAAAAGGAUAGAAUAACUUAA